AACCCAAUAUGGCAUCUUUCAUGAGGAGCUUAUUUUCUGACCACAGCAGAUAUGUUGAAUCUUUUCGGAGAUUUCUAAAUAAUUCAACGGAACACCAGUGCAUGCAGGAAUUCAUGGAUAAGAAGCUUCCAGGCAUAAUAGCAAGGAUUGGAGAAACAAAAGCAGAAAUUAAGAUUCUGAGUAUAGGCGGAGGUGCAGGUGAAAUUGACCUUCAGAUUCUCUCCAAAGUCCAGGCUCAGUACCCAGGAAUCUGUAUUAACAAUGAAGUUGUAGAGCCAAAUGCCGAACAAAUUGUCAAGUACAAAGAGCUUGUAGCAAAGACAUCAAACAUGGAGAACAUAAAAUUUGCUUGGCAUAAGGAGACAUCAUCUGAAUAUCAAAAACGUGUAGUGGAAGAAGACGAAGAACCUCCAAAGUGGGACUUUAUUCAUAUGAUUCAGAUGCUAUAUUAUGUAAAGGAUAUCCCAGCCACCCUGAAAUUCUUCCACGGUCUCUUAGCUGCCAAUGCUAAAAUUCUCAUUAUUCUUGUGUCAGGAACUAGUGGCUGGGAAAAGCUAUGGAAAAAAUAUGGAUUCCGCCUACCCAGGGAUGACCUCUGCCAGUAUGUCACAUCUUCUGAUCUUGCUCAGAUACUGGACGACCUGGGUAUUAAGUAUGAAUGUUACGACCUUUUGUCCACUAUGGACAUAACAGACUGUUUUAUUGAUGGUAAUGAAAAUGGAGACCUGCUUUGGGAUUUUUUGACAGAAACCUGCAACUUUAUCAAAACAGCACCACUGGACCUCAAAGAGGAAAUUAUGAAAGAUCUUCAAGAGCCUGAAUUUAGUGUUAAGAAAGAGGGGAAGGUACUUUUCAACAACAAUCUGAGUUUUAUAGUGGUUGAGGCAAAUGUAUAAGUCAUGAGUAUUCAGAACUCAUAUUUUGACCAAAUGCUGAUUUAUUUACAUAUUAAAUACAUAUUAUUUAAAUAUUGAAGUUAAAAUUAAUCCCAUAAUAGAAUACAAUAUUAUUUCUUAUAAAUGAAAUCUACAAGUUUCCAAGACAACUUAGACUUUCUAAGAACUGAGCCACUUCCAGUUGUGACCUUAAAAGCUAAUACUCAGGCUAAACACUGCCCAACUGGAAACAUGAGACUUGAGUUUCAUUAGCUUACUGAUAGUAAAGUUCUUUCCAUUUUCUUAGUGUACUGGAAAUUUUUAGAAUAGUAAUAAAAUAUGUGUCAUCC